GUCUUCAUUCUCGUCUCUAUUCUCGUCUCCAAUUUCUCAACCCAAAUAACCUCCAAAUGGCAGACUUAGAGAAGGAAGCAAGAGAGAACUUAGGAGUAAAAGUGGAGUAUGGUCAUUGCCUAAAACCUAUUUUGACAGAGAAUGCAGAUGGGGUUGUGCAAUGGCCCUCCUUCAUUAACCUUUAUCAACAACUUAUUGCUGGGAUCUACUUGGACAAUGGAACUAAGAGGUAUUGGUUUGAUAAGAUCACAAAGAGUAAUUCCUACUAUGUAUAUCCAAAAAGCUUCUCAAUAGCUUGGAUUGAUGAUCCUCGAUACUGGAAAUGGACAAUCGUGGAACACUUCAAUAGGAGAGUUGAAGCGGCUGAGCUGAUAAGGGUAAGUUGGUUUGAUGUGCGUGGGAAGAUCAAGGCAUAUUUUCUCUCACCUGGGAUUACAUAUGAAAUCUAUUAUGAUUUAUUCUUAAGGAGUUCUGCCUCUGGAUGGAAUGAAGCUGUUGUCUUCUCCAUCAAGUUGCCAAAUGGGUUUACAAUUGCGAAAUCUGAAGUCCUACAGAAUAAGCCACGAGAGCAAUGGUUUCAAAUCAAGAUCGGGGAAUUCAAGGUCGACGAUAAAUAUGGUUGUAACAGUGUUGAGGAGUACGAGUAUUCCAUGUUGAACCAUGGAGGGCAUUGGAAGACGGGGUUGAUCGUCAGAGGUGUUGGAAUUCAAGCAAAGCAACCAUCUUUACAAAUAGGUUGCGGAUGCUCGAGUUAAAAAUGAAAUCUCUCUCUCUCACUCUCUCUAUCCUCAGACUACCUACUUGUAUUUUGGUUUAAAUAAAUGAGAGAGGUACACUAGUCUUGUUUUCUAAUGUAAACAACAAGAGUUAUGUAAUAGUAUAAAAAAUGAUAUAUAAUUAUAAAAACUUUUGCUUACAAUA